AUGACUGAUUUGGGAUCCAUGUGUUAUUUUCUUGUAGUGGAGGUCACACAAACUCCUAGUGGUAUUUUCAUCUGUCAAAAGAAAUAUGUCAAUGAAGUAUUGGAAAGAUUUGGAUUACAAAACUGUUCAACUAUGAAAAAUCUAAUUGUUCCAGGAUGUAAAGUCACAAAGGAUAUAGGAGGACUGAAGGUUGAUGCUACCGCAUAUAAGCAUAUGGUAAGCAGUCUCAUGUACCUAACUGCCACAAGACCAGAUUCAAUGUAUGUUGUGAGUUUACUAGCUCGUUUCAUGGAUGCACCAACAACCUUGCAUAAUCAAGCCACAAAAGGAGUUCUACGCUGCUUGAGAGGAACUAUAGAUUUGGGACUGUUUUAUAAAAGGGAAGGAGGAGAGAAUUUGAUAGCAUAUUGUGACAGCAACUAUGUUGGUGAUUUGGAUGACAGAAAACACACCUCUAGAGAAACAGAGAGAAGAGGAGAAAGGGGAAUGCCGUUGGCGACAACAACGACACCGGUGAUGCAUGGUCAUAGUGGCAGUGGCGGCAUAGUAUGGCGACUUUGGCUUUGUGGCAACAAUGGAAAAACCACCAUGGAAGAAGGAAGAGGAGCUUUAGUGGCACCUCCGGCCGCGACAAGCAGAAACACCGAGCGCCGAGAACAUUGA